CGGCGGUGUCGCCGCCGUCGCUGGCGCUGGCCCGGCUGGAUGGCCGGUCCCGCGGCUGCCCAGGGCGCCGGGCUCUCUCGCAUCCCAGGGCCGAGCGUUCCCUCCGCCCGCAUCGCACUGCAUGCUGUAACUCACCACUGAACCAACACACUUGGAACAGUUCAUAGCAUUGAAAAUUUCAUCCACAUCGACUGAUACCAUCUCAGCACUCUCCAGACACUGUGAGCUGAAGUUAAAAAUCUUUAUGGAGUUUAUAACACCUGGGUCGAAAGGAGUAUUCUUCUGAUAUAGGAGGACCCUUACUGCCAGUAUGACGAGCCAGGAGAAGUGGGUUAACCUUAGCCCUGGAGAGUUCUCUCAACUUCAGAAAUAUGCAGAAUAUUCCACCAAGAAAAUUAAGGAUGUCUUAGAAGAAUUCCAUGGCAGUGGUGUGUUAGCAAAAUAUAAUCCUGAAGGGACAAUUGAUUUAGAGGGGUUCAAGCUGUUCAUGAAGACUUUUCUGGAGGCAGAGUUACCAGAUGAUUUCAUUGAACACCUUUUUACAUCAUUUAGGAGCAAAAUCUCUCACUGUAGUCCAUUAAUUAAAAACAAACCACAGCACCUUUCUGGAGUUAAGGUGUCUGAAGAGAGAUGGAAGCAGAUGCCAGGUCUGAGACUUAACAAGGGUACCUCUACAUCCAGACCUCCUACUCCUGCCAACUCACAUUUACCAGACAUGAUCCAGCUGAAAGAUAUUGUUUGCUAUUUGUCACUGCUAGAAAGAGGAAGACCUGAAGACAAGCUAGAAUUUAUGUUUCGCUUGUAUGAUACAGAUGGGAAUGGAUACCUGGAUAGUUCGGAGCUGGAAAAUAUCAUUGCUCAAAUGAUGCAUGUUGCAGAAUACCUUGAGUGGGAUAUUACUGAAUUAAGUCCAAUUCUUCAUGAAAUGAUGGAAGAAAUUGACUAUGAUCAUGACGGCACUGUUUCCCUAGAAGAGUGGAUCCAAGGAGGAAUGACAACAAUCCCGCUCUUGGUCCUUCUUGGGUUAGAAAAUAAUGUGAAAGAUGAUGGGCAGCAUGUAUGGAGAUUGAAACACUUCAACAAGCCUGCCUACUGUAAUCUUUGUUUGAACAUGCUGAUCGGAGUAGGCAAGCAAGGUCUCUGCUGUUCGUUUUGCAAGUAUACAGUCCAUGAACGCUGUGUCUCUAGAGCUCCUGCAUCUUGCAUCAAAACAUAUGUGAAGUCUAAAAAGAAUACUGAUGUAAUGCACCAUUUUUGGGUAGAAGGAAACUGUCCAACAAAAUGUGAUAAGUGUCACAAAACUAUAAAGUGUUACCAAGGCUUGACUGGACUUCACUGUGUUUGGUGUCAGAUUACAUUGCAUAACAAGUGUGCUUCACAUCUGAAACCUGAAUGUGACUGUGGACCCUUGAAGGACCAUAUUUUGCCACCCACAUCAAUCUGCCCAGUAGUGUUGGAAAGACAAGCAACAGUGAAAAAAGAAAAGAGCUGCCCCCAGCAAAUGAACAAACUGGGAGAAAGGAACAAAAUGCAAAGAGCAAAUUCUGUCACCGUAGAUGGACAAGGCCUUCAGAUCACUCCAGUUCCAGGCACUCAUCCACUUUUAGUUUUUGUCAAUCCUAAAAGUGGUGGGAAACAAGGAGAAAGAAUUUAUAGAAAAUUUCAGUACCUUUUAAAUCCUCGUCAAGUUUAUAGUCUUUCUGGAAAUGGACCAAUGCCAGGGUUAAAUUUUUUCCGCGAUGUUGCUGAGUUCAGAGUACUAGCAUGUGGUGGAGAUGGAACAGUAGGCUGGAUUUUGGAUUGCAUAGAGAAAGCGAACUUGAUUAAGCAUCCUCCUGUUGCUAUCCUGCCUCUUGGGACUGGCAAUGAUUUAGCAAGGUGUCUGAGAUGGGGAGGAGGGUAUGAAGGUGAGAAUUUGAUGAAGAUCUUAAAAGACAUUGAAAAUAGCUCAGAGAUUUUACUGGACAGGUGGAAAUUCGAAGUAAUACCCAAUGAUAAAGAUGAGAAAGGAGACCCAGUGCCUUACAACAUCAUCAAUAACUACUUUUCUAUUGGCGUGGAUGCUUCAAUUGCCCACAGAUUCCAUAUCAUGAGAGAAAAACAUCCAGAGAAGUUCAACAGUAGAAUGAAGAACAAAUUUUGGUAUUUUGAAUUUGGCACUUCGGAAACUUUCUCAGCCACCUGUAAGAAGCUGCAUGAAUCUGUAGAAAUAGAAUGUGAUGGAAUUCAGCUGGACUUAAUCAAUAUCUCUCUGGAAGGAAUUGCCAUUCUAAACAUCCCAAGCAUGCAUGGUGGAUCGAAUCUUUGGGGAGAGACAAAGAAAAGACGUAGCCACCGUCGGACAGAAAAGAAGAGGUCAGAUAAAAGAACCACCGUUAUAGAUGCCAAGGAAUUGAAGUUUGUGUGCCAAGAUCUAAGUGACCAGCUUAUGGAAGUGGUGGGUCUGGAAGGAGCCAUGGAGAUGGGACAGAUAUACACAGGUCUGAAAAGUGCUGGAAGACGGCUUGCCCAGUGCUCAUCUGUUGUCAUCAGGACCAGCAAGUCUCUGCCUAUGCAGAUAGAUGGAGAACCUUGGAUGCAAACUCCUUGCACGAUAAAAAUUACUCACAAGAAUCAAGCCCCCAUGUUGAUGGGACCACCUCCAAAAACUGGUCUUUUCUCUUCUAUCAUCAAAAGAACAAGGAACCACAGCAAGGAAUAAGCCUAUGUAGUUUAGUAAAAAAAAAAAAAAAAAAAAAAAAAAAAAUUAGCUUUGUUGGGCUUUGGAAUAUUUAUGCUGGAAAUCUUUCAAGAAUUUUAGAAUAUCUUCUAUUUGCAAAAUCUUGAAUUUUGGUUUAACUGUUCUGUAGCUGAGCUGAUGUAAAACUAUGCUACUAGAAAAAAAUGUUGUCACAGUUUUGUAGGCAUUUUGCAUGAUGAAAGCAGAUGUUUACAUACAGUGAUACAGCAUAUUUUUUUGUUGCAUGCGUUACCAUUUACUAAUCUGUGGUCUAAUUUUGCCAUGGAAUAUGGGAAGAGAAUGUCAUGGAUGAUUUGAUUUUCUCUCAAUUCUGUUUCAGCUUUUUCUACUACGAUAACCAUAUGCCAUAAGUUCAACAGUAUCUCUUCAAUCAAACAUCUUUACAUGAAUAGUCAAUCUGACCUGUUUCAGAGUAGAAUCAUUGCAGGUCUCAUUAACCUGUAUUUUUAGUUUAUGAUUUCUUUCUAUCCUGAGAAUAUUUUUAUUCUACAGUAUAAGUAUUAAAAUCCUGUAAGUUAUUCUGAUAACUCCUAUGUACAUGAGUAACUGUACCUGCUGAAAACAUCUAACAAUAUGUAUAAAUGGCCAUGAUUGUUCUUGUAUAAGUUAGAUAAAGUUUUUGUUAAGAUUAAAAGUUGAUGAAAGUUUGAGCAAAAACUUUGGGACUAAGAUCAUGCUGAGUGAAGAUAAUAAUAAUUGCAAAACUAGCCAUCAGUGUUUGUUGAAACCCUGGAAUUAUUUUCAUAAGCAAUACAUCUCUGUGACAUGGCAAACUUUAAAUCAUUCUCCACAAAGACCAAUAGCAUAGUGCAUAUGCACACAAAUAACCAAAGCUCAUGCCUAAUUAAAGUGCAUUUCCCACCAAAGAUUUAGUGAAGGAUGCUUCAGAGAAAUGGGUUAAUGCAUAAUUAAUCAAACUCACUGGAGUAGACUCACUUCUGAAAAUUUACAGUUCUUCUGAUUGCAUUGUCAAUGUCCAGACAAAUGUUUGGGUAGGGAAAAAGAUUAAAUUAGUUUCAAGUAAAUACUCACUUUUCUUUUGUUUCAUAAGUUGAUUGACAUAGUAACAUAUGCUAAAUAUUGAGACAUAGAUACGAACUCCAAAUAUUAGAAAACUGAACAUAUUUUUUGUGUCAUAAUAAUUUAUAAAUUUAUGUUGUCCAUAAUUACUCAUCCCGUAAAUUAAUCUCUCAAGGAAAUGAUGACCUGUUGUCCAUUACCCUUUCGUAGUCUGCUGUCUGAAAUCCAGACAUUUCUUGUCAUAAAUUUUGGUGAGGCAGUUGCUCAGGUUUUAACUUUCUUAGCUCUCUGAGAGACUUCCUAACAGCUUAGAAAUCAUAAUACAGGGAUUUGCCUGAGGUUUGCACAGCACUGUCUAAUGUUGAAGGGAAGUCGAAGAAUGGCAAAUUUUUUCAGUCUUGCAUAUAAACAAUCUCAAGCAAAACUUUUUGUGCAGUCUUAACAUUGUUCUUUGUUCAGAGUGAGCUGCUUCUCAGCUCUGCAUGUCUUAAGUUCUCAGAGAUUUCAUAAAAAAAAAAGGAAAAAAUAAAAUUUUGCUUGAAAUGCAUGAUUUCCCAUUUUUAUCCAGACUUUAAAAUGUUAAUUAUUUAUUAAAUCUAUUUUUCUAUUGAUUCAUUCAUCCAUUUAAAAAAUAAUACUUCAUUAUGCUGUAGUGCACGGUACUGUGCAUGUAUUUAAAUAAAGUUACUAUCAUUUGUUCCUCAGUAUAAGAGUUCAACAGAGUCCUAAUUUAUAUAAUAGAUAUUAAAAUAAAAGUCAGUAUAUAGCUGGUAAGGAUUAUGUCUUUGAAAUAUACAGUCUAUGUUCUGUAAACAUUAGGAGGUAAAUGCCAAUUAAUGUUUUGUUCAGCAUUAGGUAGAAAAAUAUGAAGGUGAUUAUUCGCUAAAAUUAAGAUCUAGUAAUUCACCAUUCUUGGGUCCAGUGGUGUUGACAUUUACAGUUACCAUAGGAGUAAACUAGUAUUUUUCCUGUGCAUUGCAAAAACACACACACACACAGAGAAGCAUUUGUUGCACUGAACUACAAACAUGCAUAAGUAUAGAGCAAAGGUUAUUUGCACAAAGAAGGAAUUUGCUGAUAUAAUAUUACGUAAAGUGUAUAUUGGUUUUAUGAAAAUAUGGUUACAGGUGAUAAAUAUUUUCACAUAACUUGACAUAGGAUUUUCUACCAAUGCUCUCAACUUUUUGUGGCAAAAAUGUGUUUAACAACAAUAUAUAAUGUGUUCUCUAUGAUUAUCUCAUGAACAUUGUAACUCUGAA